CGUCUGACGUCUUCAUCCAGGUUGGACCAGAGCAAACGCAUUUAUCCAGCUUUCAGCCUUUCAGCCUCCUUAUCUCGUUCUUCAUUCGUUUCUCCGGGCUCUGGCAGCUCUACAUUCGUUCGCAUACUUGUUAAUUCUAUCAACACCUUCUUUCCUAUCCAUAACUUCAGGAUACAUAAAAGCAUUCCAAUCUUCGAAAGCACUCUUUACCGACAAUCGUCAAAAUGCACGCCUCACUCUUUCUCACGGCCUUCGCGCUCAUUCCAAUGGCCAUGACUGCGCCUUCGCGUCUCCCACAAAUCUAUCCUCGUCAGGAUUGCGACGAUACCGCCAACACUACCGCGCCUGCAGACCCCGCGCAGCCUAGAGCACCAUCUUGCGACCUCAGCGGCAUCCAGCAGCCCGCCUCUGCGCUCCCACCACCAACGGCCGACAUGUCCCUCGUUCUUGUCGCGCUCGGCAUGGGCACACAAAACUACACGUGCAGCAACGCGACAGCCACACCAGCCGCAAUCGGCGCUUUAGCCCAACUUUUCAAUGCCUCCUGCGAGAUCUCAUCCAACCCUACCGUCGGCACUGCAUCUCUGGGCCGCGUUCAAGAAUCUGCGUCUAUAGGCACACACUUCUUCCUCGACACCACUACUCCCGACUUCGACAUCCUUGGUCUUGGCAACACAGUGGCUAAGAAGAUCAACGAUACGCCUGCGCCCGAUGCGACUAAGGAUGUGAAGUGGCUCAGGCUCGAAGCGCAAACCGCCUCGACCAGUGGUGUCAAGAUGGUGUACCGUCUCAACACUGUGGGUGGAAUGGCCCCGGCGACUUGCGAUGGUAUGACACCUGGGCAGGUGGUUACCGUGGAUUAUGAAGCGCAGUACUGGGUUUAUGCUUAGAGACGGACAUCUCUGUCAUAGUGUAAUCUCGGAGCUGGCCUCAUCUGAUCUUUUACGAGUGGUCGACUACGACUGCAAAACGUUACGUUUUUUUCUUCACCAAUACGAGAGUGGGAGGGCUAUCUGUUUUCUCGUAGGGUUUCUUUCUUGUUAUUUCCUUUGAUUCACACUUUUUGGGAGGAGGCAAAUUUGCUUUAUGGCUAUGUAGGAUACGAGAACAGCUCAAUGUAACAACAUAUACAUCGCGAAUAAAGGCCACACGUGUUUGCAAUCAUCAUUUACC